AUGCAGUCUCGGCCCUUCGACCUUGUUUCCCCACAGAAUUAUGCCACAAAGAUUGGAACGGCGCAACCGUCUGGUCUGCCUUCGCUAUCAACAAGUACAGGUGGUGCACAGACGUGGGCGCAGCCUUCGGCAGAUGGUUCAGGUGCAGGGUCAGCGGCAUUGAAUGGCGCAACUUCGCGGUCAUCACCAUCGCAGCAACAUCCACCGUCGGCAACGACGCCUGCAUCACAGAUUCUGUUUUCACCGGCUGACCGCUUUGGUCUAGCUGGUCUGCUGAGGAUAAUCAAGCUGCAAGCCGGUGGUCCGGGGGCGGGCGGAGCGAACGGCGCCAAGCCGGAAGACGUUGGGAUGCUGGCUCUGGGCAGCGAUCUGCAGUCGUUAGGUCUGGACGUGGGCAGUGAAGCUCCUUUACAUACGUCCUUCCACACUCCGUGGUCGAGUGAUGCUCAUCCCCUGCAACGUUCGCAGAUGGCGAUGAUCGAGCCCGACUUCCACCUCCCCUCGUGCUACAAUGUCCAGCCUCCGCCCCCAGCGCAGACAAAGGCGAUCAACUUCUCCGACGAGACCCUCUUCUUCAUCUUCUACUCCACUCCCCGCGAUGUUCUGCAAGAAGUAGCCGCCCACGAGCUGCACCGGCGCAACUGGCGUUUCCACAAGGAAUUGCAGCUCUGGCUUACAAAGGAGCCUUCAAUGGAACCAACACAGAAGACGCCCAUGUUUGAAAAGGGACAGUACAUGUUCUGGGACGUGGAGAGUUGGCAGAGGGUUACCAAGAACUUUGUACUCCUUUAUGAGCUCUUGGAGGAUAGGCCUGGGCAGGCAACGGCUUUGCAGGAAGUGUUGCAGCAGCAGCAGCAGCAGCAGAUGCAACAGCAGGCACAGCAGCAGCAGCAGCAACAACAUCAACAUCAUCAACAACACCAGCAGCAGCAGGCACAGCAGGCCACGCCUAUUACACCUGGAGGCAGUGGCAAUACUGAAGUUACUGCUGGUGGUCGCUGA